UUGGAAAAUUUCUUACGGCUGGUUCUAUUGUCGCAUGUAUUGUUGCGCGUAGUUGUUUUGAGUGCGCCGCUCUUUUUUACACGGGCAUUUUUUUGUUUUGAACUUUCCCAUUGAGAAAAAACGAACCAAAACAAAAAAAACCAACACAACGCAGUUGUUUUUUCUAAAUGUGUGGUAAAUACAUUAGAAAAAACGCGAAUGAACUUAAAAAAGAACGACAAUAUUACAAAAAGUGCAAACCGCGUAUAUUGAUAACAGAAGACAACGCAAGUGCCUGUCUAGCGGAUUAUUGAAAACAACUUAGCUCUUUCAAGGUGAACUUGUCGCGCCUUCUGUUAACCCACCAACAUUUUGAAAAGUAAAUAGAAGACAAACAUUCAAUUCAUUUUGGAAACGAACAGUUGUAGAGAAAAUAUCUGGCUUCAGAACAAACACUAAAGCAAGGGUAUAAUUUGGUGAAAUUUGUGUUACAAAAAGUGCGGUCGCCGGUUUUAUACUAGCUCCGCACACUAUUGGUUUCAUUCGCAAACGUUUAAUAAAUCCAUCACUUUGCCGCGUGGACGUCGUUGUAAAUCCACCACCUCCGGUAAUAUGGCCACUACAGGAGGAGGAGGUGGGGCGGCAGCUACAAGUGUUGUAGUUCUGGAUCGUGGCAACAACACAACAUGUACAAUUAAUUUGCAUGGUGCUACCGUUGUAUCCUGGCGUGUAAAUAAUCAGGAGCAGCUGUUUGUGAGCAAAUUGGCCUCUUUUGACGGAAAGAAGGCGAUACGUGGGGGCAUACCGUUCGUAUUUCCCCAAUUCGGUCCAUGGUCAUUUGGAGCACAGCAUGGUUUUGCUCGUAUCACACGAUGGAAUUUAGAACGACCUCCCGAAAGACUGCAUAAUGGUGACGUAGAAGCCAUUUUUUCUUUAAUGGACAACGAAUUUACCCGAUCUAUGUGGAAUUAUCAAUUUCGUAUCACAUACCGUUUAAUAUUACGCGAAAAAGAACUACAUUUCCAUAUAGGAGUUUAUAAUCCUAGCAAAGAAUUAACAAUGACUUUUAAUUUACUGCUGCACACUUACCUCAAAGUUCCUGAUGUAAGACGCUGUCAAAUAACUGGUUUGCAUGGUUGCACAUUUAUGGACAAGACCCGCAACGAUGCCAUGUAUCAAGAAGGUCGCGAAGUAGUAACCGUCAAUGAAUGGACAGAUCGUAUUUAUCAACACACACCUCAGGAACAUAUUAUAACGAACGUUGUGUCGGGGCGCAAAAUGCGUAUACAUAAAUAUAAUUUUCCAGACACCGUCAUUUGGAAUCCAUGGAUUGAUAAAGCAAGGGAAAUUGGUGACUUUGGCGAUGAUGAAUUUCCUAACAUGUUAUGCGUCGAAGCUGGUCACGUUUCAUCGCCAGUUAUUCUUUUGCCAGGAACUGCUUUUGAAGCAAGCCAAAUUUUGCAGAUCAUCAUCGAGGGAAAUGUCAGCAGAAAAACUAAACGGAAUCGCUAACGUUUAAAGAAUCGGAACCCGCUAAGGUGAACCGAUUCGUAAAAAACAUAACAACUAAAAUUACAGUUAAACCUUCAGAAAUAAAAUGAAAGCAGUGAAAUUAUCAACAAGCAUAGAAAUUUAGCGGAAAUCAAAAUAUUCUUCCAUUUAGCAACUAAAUUACCAGCAAUAACAUUCACAUUAACCAUCAAAAUCAAAAUAAUUGUUCGAUUGACUUCGUAUAAAGCAAUAGCAAAAUAUAUUUCACAUAUUAGGUAUAUAUUUCUUAAGUUUUAUGUUGUAUAAAAUCGUAGAAUCCUGGAUUAAAAUAUUUGUGUAGAAAAAUUGCAUAGGAUAAAUAAACAUUACGUUUACUCAUCAGUACGAUAAAGUUGAACAUAUGCCGUUUGACAAUGAAACAACGAUAAGAAGCUGCAUUUUGCAUUUCCUGGUAAUAUGUAGUAAAUUAUUGAAAUGCAUUCUACAUAUUACACAAUUGUUCAACACAUUUUAGCAACAUAAAACAUAUAGGGCUUAAACUACUGUAGGUUGCCUUUAUAAAAUAUAUAUACUGUACAAUUUCAUUUAUCAUUAAAAAUAAUUAAACUAUUUUUACAAAGUAAAAUUAAAAUUAUGCUUUUUGUGUUGUGCUAAA